AUGGCCGGUACAAUGAAGACAACAAGGCUGAGGGGGGCUAACCCUAGCGCCCGGCCUUUCUAUCUGACGAUCUUCCUCAUCUCCCUCUUCGCUGCGUACUCUUUCCUGGUGCACGUAUAUCGUGGUGAUGUGAUUGAUGUGUACGAUGGAAGCCAAGACGGUGCGGCAGUGCUCGGCAAGCGCAGCAGCAAACCCGAGUGCAUCGACGUGCACCAGGCCCAGGACAAGUGCGCGUUUGUGAAAGAAGUCUGCACGGAUGCCGACGCUGGACUCAUCCCGUAUCUGCAGUUCUACUAUUGCGGCAUGCCACACGCCCAGGGCAUCUCCUUCAUCAUGCUCCUGGCCUGGCUAGGUUUGCUCUUCACGACCAUUGGCAUCGCAGCCAGCGACUUCUUCAGCAUCAACCUGAGCACUAUUGCGACAAUUCUGGGAUUGAGCGAGAGCUUGGCCGGCGUGACGUUCCUGGCCUUUGGGAAUGGAUCGCCUGACGUUUUCAGCACCUUUGCCGCCAUGAAUUCCAACAGCGCCAGCAUGGCUGUCGGCGAGCUCAUCGGCGCGGCUAGUUUCAUCACCGGUGUCGUGGCAGGCUCAAUGGCGCUUGUACGGGAGUUCAAGGUGGACAAGAGGACCUAUGCCCGCGACAUCUGCUUCUUCAUCGUGGCUGUCGCGUUUACCAUGGUGUUUCUGGCCGACGGCCACCUGCGGUUUUUUGAGUGUUGGAUCAUGAUCGGCUACUACGUCGUCUAUGUUGUCACGGUCGUCGCGCAGCAUUGGUACCAGGAGCGAAGAAAGCGGCGAUUGCGACGCGAGGGCGAAGCAAGAAGCCACGUUUACGGUAGCGUUGGCGCGUAUGCCGAUGAGCUCGCUGGUGAGCCAUACCGCGACGAUCCAGACGAUGCCGGCGACGGGGGUGCUGAGCACCGAGCUUCCGCGUCCGCCAUGGCUGCUCUCGAGCAUGGACCGAGGAUCGAAGUCGAAGGGCGUCCGGCACCGAGCGAAAGCGAUCUCGACGAGGAGUCUGACGAGGAGCACAACCGGCAGAUUGCCGCCGAAGUCGCAAGCAGCAUGAGAGUACUUCGCACGAGGGGGAAGCGAAGCAACACUAUCAAUCCCAUCCGGCCCAGUCUAGUGGGUGCUCUAGAGUUCAGGUCGGCAUUGGCCCAGCUACAGAAGGAGAGCAACCUGAAGCUAUCCACCAUGCAUGGCCAUGGCCGCAGUCUUUCUGAGGCGCACCUCCCAAGCCGAGGCCGGCGACGAACAACAACAGAUGCGCCAACCGACAUGAGCAAAACGACGCCGCUUGCUGCUGCGCAACAAAGCAAAGACCAACACGGACGAGGUAGGGCCUUGUCCUCCGGGAAUGCGCCUACCUACAUGACUCUACCUCCCGAGCUGCUCGCGUCCAGCGGGCCUGCCCGACCACCCCAAACUGAGACAAACACUGGUGGCAGCAGUCAACGUAAUAUGAGCCCAACACCUUCCAUGGGGACGUACACGAUUGGCGGCAACCUGGCACCUCCUCCUGCCGGUCUCGGGCCCCCAUCAACGGGCUCAGUGAGCCCAUUGAGCGGCGCACCAGCAGCGGCACCGACGACGCCGGGGAGUCUGCAUUUACAGAUCCCCAGCCGGCGUAGCAGCCAGAGCGGCGGCUCGUCGCCAGUCUCUCCGUUUCCCAUGUACACAGAUUCGCCUGCUGUGCUCACGCCUCACCCGCACAUGGAACAUGGGGGCUUCAUGCUGCCUGCGCCCGUGCAACGCGAGGCGUCGUUCCCGGGCUGGCACACGCCCGUCUUGGCACCGCGUCCAGUCAGGUGGUGGCCCUACUCAGCACUCCCGCCACCGCACAUUCUGCUGGCGACACUGUUCCCGACACUGCAGGGUUGGAGGGAAAAGACUAUAUGGGACAAGAUCGUCAGCUUGAUCUCCGUUCCAAGCAUAUUCUUGCUGGUAAUUACUCUACCCGUCGUGGAGAGCGAAACGACUGAGGACGAGUCGGAGAUUGGCCAGGCUGUAGACAUGCCUCACAGCCAUUGCUCUAUUGUCGGUCACGUUGCGCCAUCAGUGUCCCUCGAGCCCCAGGCGAUCGAACAUGAAACAGAAUGGGAGCGAUAUCGAAGGCAUACCCUGGUUAGGAACGACAGCUACCAGUCGAUCGCAGGUACAGCGCCAACGACUCCUUUGCUCCCAGAGGAAACAGACGCGACCGGGCGAGCCGUGCCAAAUGGUACCUACAUGGAUGGCCCGUCGCCCCACGUACCCCAGGUGGUCUCUCAAGCGCCGUCUAGUAGUCAUGCAAACGACGAGACCAUUUCGUGGAAUAGGUGGCUCGUUUGCCUGCAGCUCUUCACGGGCCCUCUGUUCAGCGUAUUUGUGCUCUGGGCCAACUUACUUGAGGACUUUGAGAGACCAGGCAAGGCGCUACUCACCAUGGUGCUUUACACGCUCCUUGUGUCGACAACAAUCCUGGGGGUCCUGUUGCUGUUCACCAGUGAGCAUCGGAAACCCAAGUACCACUACUUUCUCUGCUUUUUGGGCUUCAUCAUCAGCAUUGCGUGGAUUUCGACUAUAGCGGGGGAAGUCGUUGGCGUGUUGAAGACGUUCGGCGUCGUACUGGACAUCUCAGAAGCCUUGCUAGGUCUGACCAUUUUCGCGGCCGGCAACAGCGUGGGCGACUUGAUUGCGGACAUCACCGUGGCGCGCCUGGGCUAUCCCGUGAUGGCGCUAUCCGCCUGCUUCGGCGGGCCCAUGCUCAACAUCUUGCUUGGGAUAGGCAUCGGGGGUGUGAUCAUGAUGGUUCAGAAGGCCAACAAGAAGCAGAAGAAACACCCGGGAAAGCUGGUCAAGUAUGGGCCCUACCCAAUCCAGGUAGGCGGCACCCUUAUGGUCUCAGCGAUCACGCUCCUUGUCAUUCUCGUGGGUCUGCUUAUUGCGGUGCCCAUGAACAAGUGGGUGCUGAGUCGCAAGAUUGGGUGGAUCUUGAUUGCGCUUUGUAUUCAAAUCGACUUCACCGUCAUCAUGUCCGUCGCGCCCACCUUCCCUCCGCUCGACGCCCGUCCUUACAAGGACACCAUCUGUCUCUUCGAUGUCGACGGACCCCUGACUCCAGCUCGUCGCGAGGCUUCGCCCGAAACCCUCGCUCUCCUCGCCGCCCUCCGCCAGAAAUGCGCCAUUGGCUUCGUCGGCGGUUCCAACCUCGUCAAGCAGGAGGAGCAGCUCGGCAAGCCCGCCGGUGUCCCCGUCACGACCCUCUUUGACUUUUGCUUUUCCGAGAACGGCCUCACUGCGUACAAGCUCGGCCAGGAGCUCGAGUCGACCAGCUUCAUCCAAUGGCUCGGCGAGGACCGGUGGAAGGAGCUCGCCAACUUCUGCCUGCACUACAUUGCCGACCUGGACAUCCCCGUCAAGAGGGGCACCUUUAUCGAGUUUCGCAACGGCAUGGUGAACGUGAGCCCCGUGGGCAGGAACGCGUCGAACGAGGAGCGUCUGGCUUUCAACGAGUACGACAACGAGCACAAGGUGCGCGAGAAGUUCGUCGCGGUGCUCAAGGACAAGUUUGGACAUUUAGGUUUGACUUUUGCCAUUGGCGGCCAGAUCUCCUUUGACGUAUUCCCGAACGGCUGGGACAAGACCUACUGCCUUCGCCACCUCGAGGCCGACGCGAAAAAGGGCGGCAUCGAAUACAAGACCAUCCACUUCUUCGGCGACAAGACGAGCCCUGGAGGAAACGACUACGAGCUCUACGAGGACCCACGCACUACUGGGCACACCGUGACCGACCCGCAGGAUACCAUUCGCCAGGUCAAGGAGAUCUUUGCCGAUCUGUAA